UAGUUAGAAUAGUUAUUUUUCAACUGGGGUAUAUUAGAAUACUUUCCAUGAUAAACCGAGUUUGUAGAACCAUUCCACAAACUCACUUCAUUGUAAUUCUUACCGUUCUUCCUGCCCUUCUAUGUUUGGUCUCAAAUAUGAAACCGCGUGAAGAAGAAGAAGACUUUGGUCAACAAUUAUCAACUAGUAUUAUUUUAUUUUCAGUAAUCUGACUUCACCAGAUCCUUACUGUUCUUUGUACUUCAUCUCUCUCCUCUCUCUAAGCUCAUUCUCUGUUCUAUUCCUUCAUAGUCAAAUUCUCCCAAUCGAAACUCUAAAAUCUCCCCCAAAACUUUCUUUUUUUUUUAUCAAAAAGAACAACUUUUUACAUCUGCACUUUUUUUUUUUCAUUUUCACGACGAUUCCGACCUUGAUCGUUGUCUGAGAUUUCACUUAUUUUACUUUCUCAGACACAUCUCCUAAUGUUGUCCAGGCAAAGUUUCAUUCUUUGUCUCAUUUUCUUCUUCUUCACAGCAUUUUCCGGCGACUCUAGAGCUCUCGCCGGAACCAAUGAACAGAAAAACAUCUCUGGCUUUUCCGGGUUUGACUUCCCGAACCCGAUGCGCUUCGGUUCUGUUUCUUCUUCCACAAGCGACGACUGUGGUUUCACUUCCCCGGAGAAGAAACCCACCAAGGAAACCACAAGAGAAAACAAGACGGUGAAGUUUCACUUAAAGCGCCGACAAGCAACGACCAAACAAGAAACAAAUCCAGUUCUUGACCUCCAAAUCAAAGAUCUCACAAGAAUCCAGAUGCUUCACAUCAGAGUCUUGGAGAAGAAGAACCAGAACUCUCUCUCCAAACCUCACAAACAUAACAAAAACAAGAAGAAGGAGAAAGCUGUUACCUCUCCGGUGGUGGAGGAGGAGAAACCUGGUCAACUCGUGGCUACACUUGAGUCCGGUAUGUCUCUCGGUUCAGGCGAGUACUUCAUGGACGUGUUAGUCGGUUCACCACCAAAACACUUCUCUUUGAUCCUCGACACAGGAAGCGACCUAAACUGGAUCCAAUGCUUACCUUGCUACGACUGUUUCCAACAAAACGGUGCGUUUUACGACCCUACAUCCUCCACCUCUUUCAAGAACAUAACUUGUAACGACCCAAGAUGUAACCUAGUCUCGUCACCUGAUCCUCCAACGCCCUGUAAAUCAGAGAAUCAACCGUGUCCUUAUUAUUAUUGGUACGGAGACAACUCCAACACUACUGGAGACUUCGCUGUCGAGACUUUCACCGUUAAUCUCACUAAUAGUGGAGGGAGCUCGGAGUUGUAUAGCGUGGAAGACAUGAUGUUUGGUUGUGGUCAUUGGAAUAGAGGUCUCUUCCAUGGUGCUGCAGGGUUGCUUGGUUUGGGAAGAGGUCCUCUUUCUUUCUCAUCUCAGCUUCAGUCUCUGUAUGGACACUCCUUUUCAUACUGCCUUGUGGAUAGAAACAGCGACACAAACGUUAGUAGCAAGUUGAUUUUCGGAGAAGACAAGGAUCUGUUAAGACACCCGAAUCUAAACUUCACUUCCUUUGUCGCGGCCAAAGAAAAUUUAGUUGAAACAUUCUACUACGUACAGAUCAAAUCCAUUCUUGUCGCGGGCCACGCGGUGAACAUACCUGAAGAGACAUGGAGCAUCUCAUCAGACGGUGGUGGAGGAACCAUCAUUGAUUCAGGUACAACGUUGAGUUACUUCGCUGAGCCAGCUUAUGAACUCAUCAAGAACAAGAUUGCUGAGGAAGUGAAAGGGAAGUUCCCUGUGUACAGAGACUUGGCGGUUCUAGACCCUUGCUUCAACGUCUCUGGUGUAGAUAAUGUUCAGCUUCCUGAGCUUGGGAUUGAGUUUGCAGACGGUGCGGUUUGGAACUUUCCUACAGAGAACUCUUUUAUUUGGUUGACUGAUGAUUUGGUCUGCUUGGCGAUUCUUGGAACUCCAAAGUCAGCGUUUUCCAUCAUUGGAAACUAUCAGCAGCAGAAUUUUCAUGUACUCUAUGAUACCAAGAGGUCCAGGCUUGGGUUUGCACCCACAAAGUGUGCAGAUGUAUAGUAAACCUUCUUGUUUAUGUAUGCAGCAACUGUACACAAGAAAGGUAGCAACAAGGUGGAACAGAUUCUUUUUCUCUUUUGAUAUUUUUUUCAUUCUUUAGGAUAAUAAUUCCUUUUCUUUCAAUAAUGUAUUGCUGUAGAACAAAGUUCAUAUCAAACUAAUGUACUGAUUGAUUCAACACUCAAUUUUCUGAAUACAAGUGUGUUUAAUGUUUGCUUGCUUGCUUGCUAUGUGCUUUCUAUAGUCUAAUAACAUCUAUGGGAAGAUAAGAACCAGA